AUGUUGGGCCGACGAGCAGCAACGUUCGGCCGAUUUUUCAGACAGAAACGUGAUUUCAACAAACUAGCAGGAGCGGGAACAAAUUCUGAGCAUGAUGAAUACAACUACUCUUACUACAAAUACGCAUAUAUCGGUGGAGCUGCUACAGUGGGAUUACUUGGAUACAAGUCUCUAUUUAGAACUGCAAAGCUGGAUCAUGCACAAGAAGAUAAAUCUGUGAAGAAGUUGGAGAAUUUGCCAAUGUACAAACAAGAGGAAGUGAAGAAGCAUGGAAAAGAUGCAGACAGAAUUUGGGUCACUUAUAAGGAUGGUGUCUACGAUGUGACAGACUUCAUUUCAAUGCAUCCUGGUGGUGACAAAAUUCUUCUGGCGGCGGGAGCAGCGGUAGACCCAUUCUGGGCACUAUACUCACAACACAAGACAGCAGAAGUGUUGGAGAUUCUUGAGGGGUACCGGAUCGGACGAUUGGAUGUGAAGGAUGUUCCAAAAGCAGAACCGGACGCAUUCUCAAAUGAUCCGGAACGUCAUCCAGCUCUACUGGUGCGUAAUGCCAAGCCGUUCAAUGCCGAAUCCCCACCUUCCCUCCUUACCGACCACUUCUAUACACCUAAUGAACUGUUCUUUGUCCGAAAUCAUCUACCGGUUCCUGAUAUCAAAACCGAGGACCACCGUCUUACUGUAGAAACACUAAACGGAAAAACGAUUGACUUGUCUGUCGAUGAACUCAAAAAAAAAUACAAGUCCUACACAAUUGGGAGUGUCAUUCAAUGCGCUGGAAAUAGAAGGGCAGAUAUGAAUCAAUACAAAAAAGUGCAAGGAUUGAUGUGGGAAGGUACUGCAAUCAGUAAUGCGGAAUGGACUGGAGUCCGUCUCAGAGACAUUCUCGCCGACGCUGGAAUCGACGUUUUCGACGAGAAAAUCAAGCAUGUGCACUUCGAAGGUUCCGACCUGGACCCAACUGGUACACCAUAUGGCGCAUCGAUCCCAAUGGAGAAGGCUAGAGGGAAUGAAGUGCUAGUAGCUUACCAUAUGAAUGGUGUUGAUAUUCCAAGGGAUCAUGGAGCGCCUCUGAGAGUUAUUGUGCCAGGAAAUGUUGGUGCAAGACAAGUGAAAUGGCUUCGAAGAAUCAUUGUUAGCGAGAAGGAGAGUGAUAGUCACUGGCAACAGAAAGAUUACAGAGCCUUCUCUCCAGCGGUCAAUAUGGGCGACGAACUCAAAUGGGACACCGUACCGUCUAUCCAGGAGUACCCCGUCCAAUGCGCUAUCUGUACGCCGGCACCAAACACCAAGGUGGAUCGUGACGAUGGGACUGUAGACAUUUCCGGAUACGCUUGGAGUGGUGGUGGCCGUGGAAUCAUUCGAAUUGAGAUCAGCGUGGAUGGUGGUGAGACAUGGAGUAGUUGUGAGAUGGAGCAAGAGGAAAAGCAGGAUGUGGAGCACAUGUAUGCCUGGACGUUGUUCAAAGCGGAAGUGAAGAUUCCGCCAGGCGUCAAGGAGUUCAAUAUCAUUGCAAAAGCUGUGGACAGGUCAUACAAUACUCAACCUGAGACUGCUAGCGGUAUCUGGAAUGUUCGAGGACUGAUUCAUAAUGCAUGGCAUAGAGUUCCGAUUAUUGUUAAGGACUAA